CAGUAUACAAAAAUAAAUAUAGUAAAUUGUUCAAAAUGGCUUCCCGAUCGUUGCUGAUACUAAUAUCUUUAGUGACCAUAGGACUUUUUGAACUCGUUGAAUCGACAAAAAUUGAUCCUGACGCUGGUUUAAAAUAUUAUAUUAUCGGCGGAACCGUCUUGGGAAUAUUCUUCGCCAUUGUUGUGGUUUCAUUGUAUGUCCUCUGCUGGUGCUGUAGAUUACAGAAGCCUAAAGAGGAUAUGACGCAGUUAAAGACACUAGAUGUACGGUCACGUUUUAGUGAGGCAACAACACCAAAACACGCUGUCAUUGCAAGUAUGGCACCACGCAGAGAUUUCAUGAAAAAAGGAGACGAUCCAUUGCCUUAUAAAAAGAAACCCAGACUUCUUAGAAGAGAAGAAAGUUAUGUCUAACAGUUUUGUUAAUGACUCAAAGGGGAUUCCCAUUGAAUAUAUUUACGCAGUAUUAAAAUAAAUAUCAUUAAAAGGUUCAAAAAAAU